AUGCGGGGGGCGGUGAGCCGCGCGCCCGAGUCAUUUCCAGUAAGUUCUCCCGCCCAGGCCCGGCCCCGCCCCGCGUGUCAGUCCACCGCGGGGCCGGCGCUGCAGGACGCCCACUCCGCACUGCCCGGCAAGAUGUGGCGGCUGCUCCUCUGGGCGCUGCUCCAGGCCCGCGCUGCGCAGGGCUCUGUGCUGGUGGCCCGGCAGCUGCCCCAGCGGCUGACGUCCCCCGGGUACCCCGCGCCGUACCCCCGGGGCUGGGACAGCACCACGGACCUGCAGGCCCCGCCGGGCUGGGCCGUGAGACUCACCUUCCAGGACUUCGACGUGGCGCCGUCGCCGGGCUGUGCGGGGGGACUCGUCACAAUUGCCACAGGUGGGACGGAGCCCCUCUGGUUCUGUGGACGACCCGGCUGCCCACUGGCACCCCCGGGGCAGAGGGCGUUUGUGUCCUUGGGGCGCACCCUACGGCUGACCUUCCGCGCGCCUGCCGCCCCUGAGCAGCGGACCCCCCAUCUCCACAGGGGCUUCCUGGCCCUCUACCAAGCCGUGGGCACGAGCCAUAGUCAGCCUGUCGGCCAGGCCAGGGCGAGCCCCGUGGCAGGCCACAGCCCCGACGCCGAGUCCUCCUGGGCCCAGAGCCACUGCCAGGAGCCCUAUUACCGGGCAGCGGCAGCAGGGACACUCACGUGCCCGGCCCGGAGCCCCUGGAAGUGGCCGCAGGAGAGGGAGGAAGAGCCUCGCUGUGAGCCUGUCUGCGGACGCCCGCUCACCCCCAUGGUCCACAACCAGGAGGCGCACGGUUCCUGGAAAGCGGAGCUGGGCAGCUUCCCCUGGCAGGCCCUGGUCAGCAUUCACGGGCGCGGGGGCGGGGCGCUGCUGGGGGACAGGUGGGUCCUCACGGCCGCCCACGCCGUGUACCCGAAGGACGCCGUGUCGCUGGGCCGGGAGCGGCGCGUGGACGUCUUCCUGGGCCACCCGGCCCUGGCCGAGCUGCUGCGGCUGGGCCCGCGGCCCGUGCGCCGCGUGCACGUCCACCCCGACUACCGGCCCGGCGAGCCGCACGACUUCGACGGGGACGUGGCGCUGCUGGAGCUGCGCGAGCGCGUGGCCCUGGGCCCGGGCCUGCUGCCCGUCUGCCUGCCGGACAGCGAGCGCCUGUACGGUGCGGGCGUGUGGGGCGCCGUCAGCGGCUUCGGCGUGGACGCGGGCUGGCUGCCCACCGGGCUCAAGGCGUCCAGGCUGCCCGUGGCGCCGCGCGCCGCCUGCCAAGCCUGGCUCCGGGAGCGGCGGCGGCCCGAGGUGUUCUCCGACAACAUGUUCUGUGCAGGGGACCCGCUGCGGCCGCAGGGCGUCUGCCAGGGGGACAGCGGGGGCGCCUUCGUCGUCUGGGAUGCGCGCGCCCGGCGGUGGGUGGCCACGGGGGUCGUGUCCUGGGGCGUUGGCUGUGGCCAGGGGUACGGCUUCUACACCAAAGUGCUCAACUACGUGGGCUGGAUCAAGGGCGUGAUGAGCGGGAAGGAGUGACCCGGGGGGUGGCAGUGAUGAGACCAAGCCCCUGGACACCCUAAAAACACCAGGGCUGAGAGUGAGGACUAAGAAGGGGGGAGGGAUGGGAGGGACCGGACACAUAGUACAGGGGCAGGAUGCUUGCCUGGCCGUGCCUGGUCCGGGUCCCCAGAGCACUGCCGGGAGUGAUCCCUGAGUGCAGGGCCAGGGCCAGGAGUAGCUUGCCGUGUCCCUACCCCCCGCAAAAAAUAAACAACAAGCAAAGACACACACACACGCACACACACCAAAAAAAAAAAAAAAAUCCAGCCAGCCAGGGCUGGAGCAAUAGCACAGCGGGUAGGGCAUUUGCCUUGCACUGGGCU